ACCACGUUCACAGUGUGCGAGAAGGCUGUUUCGUGAUUGUGUUUCAGAAACUUCUUAAUCGUUCCGCUAAGUUAAAGUCAUGGCAGAAUUUGUACAGAAGAGUUUGGAGGAGAUUCUUCCAGAGUUGGAACAAAUGAAAAGAGUUAAACUUUUUUCUCAGAAAGAAAUAAAAAAAAUCAUUAAGAAGACAAGUGACUAUGAGUAUAAGCUGAGGAGAAAAACAAAAUGCAAAGAAGAUUUUCUCAACUAUGCUCAGUAUGAGAUCACCCUGCUGUCACUCAUCAAGAAAAGACGAGCUAGACUGGGCUAUCAUUUCAAGAAAGAAGAAAUUGAUUAUCCUCUUAUCCAUCGAAUUCACCGGUUAUUCAGGUAUUGUGAGCAGCGUUUUUCUGAGGAUGUAAAGGUCUGGCUGUCGCACAUCGAGUUUUGUAAAAAAGUGAACCAACGAACAUCCGUAGGAAAUAUGUUCACACACAUGCUACAGCGCCACAGUGGAAACCCACAGUUGUGGAUCUUGGCUGCCAAAUGGGAGUUUGAAGAAGAGAAUUCCACAGAAAAAGCGCGGGAGCUGCUUCAGCGAGGAUUGCGAUUUCAUCCAACUACCAGAAAACUCUGGCUGGAGUACUACAGAAUGGAGCUGCUUGCUGCGGAGCAGGUUAGAAAACGGCGAGAGGUCUUGGGAAUUGAGGAGCUGAAAGACGCCAAUAGUUCUGACGCAGUAGAUGAUGUCAUAAUGAGAGGCCAUGUCGCACUGGUUGUCUACAGGCAAGCCAUUGAAGCAAUACCGGAUGUAAAUUUUUGUGUAUCAUUCUUACCAAUCUGUAAGCUGUUCAACUAUAUACACGGCCACGAGGAAGCUAUUGUUAAAGAUCUGCAGGAGAAGUUUACAGAUAGGGAGGAGAGUUGGGACACUCUGGCGCAACGCCACAUGCCGAAUCCUGAUCAAUCACAGAAUGAUGGUGCUGUGCCAGAGACGAUAGAGGUCGAGUGCUGGCAGACGUUUGAAGAGGCCAUUGAGCAUCUUCCUACGCAGAAAAUGUGGACAUUAUACGCGAACACCUUGUACAAGUGGCUACGCAUAGAGGGCAGCACAAGCUAUCAAAUUGAACAGCGUAUGCAACGACUUCUGGAGGUUCUUCAACGAGCAGCCGAUUCAAACCUGCUGUCCGACACCCUGUAUGCUCAAUGGCUGAAUCUACUGGAGCAGACUGGACAAAUAGGUGUUGCCCGCAAGGUGGCUAGGCAUGCGGUCAAAAUGUAUCCAUUGUCCAUCGCUCUCUGGAAGCACAGGUUGGCCCUACACAUACACUGCCUAGAUGACCCGACUGAUGUACGAACACUUCUGGAUAGCGCGCUCUCUGCAGUUGCGGAAAGGGAGUCAUUUCCACUUUGGAUGUUGGGUGUGGAGUGGUGCCUUGCAGUUCAACCAAACGAGACCGAGGAUCUACUAAAGGCUGGUGUGGGGAAGUGCAGAGAGGUGUGCGUGCCAUUGAAAGAGUAUUACCUAGAGUGGGCCGCCAUGACAGGUGGUGUGAGCAAAGCCAGGGAAGUCUAUAGCACGCAGUCGAAACUGCGACCACUGUCGGUUGGUUUCUUCACAAAGUAUGCAGCUAUAGAGAAUGCUGUGCCUCACUCAUCUAUAAAGAGACUGCGUAAAGUCCACGAAGAUGCUGUUCGCGAGUUUGGUGAUCGAGAUAUUGAUGUUUGGCUAGAGUAUGUGAAGCUAGAAGGGACUCACGCUCACGGCAAUCCAUCCAACUCCAGCAAGAUGUACUGGCGGGCCAAGAAGGCGCUCGAUGGGAAACAGCUUGACGAUUUCAUCACUGCCUAUUCGUUGUUGAACAUGGGACAUGACGUGCAGUCGUCCUAGUGAUGCACCACGUGAAUAACAGAAGCAGUGGUUGUCACAACAAACUCAUAUAUUAUACGUCAGUAGUAUUUGAUAGCAUCUACUUAGGAUGGCAUCAUUGUUAGUGUAAUUGUGUAUUUGUUGUGUAUGUGUAGGUUUGUGUAGUAAAAUUUGCAAAAUACUAUUUCAUUAA